GCCGGGUCUGACAAGGUGCUGUGUGUGUGUGUGUGUGUGCGUGUGUGUGUCAGUGUGAGUGACGUCGCGUCACUGCUGUAUUCUGAUGACAGCGAGUCUGCGGACAGACGCACAGUACAGUAGCGCACGACUGUACUACCGGAGUCUGUCUGGGUAGCCUGCCUGCUAUCGACCGAGGAAAGGACGUCUUGUGAAAAGGGAUUCAAACAAAUACUUAAACACUAAAGAUCACAGGAAGGAAGGGGAACCCGGAUCUGCGCAUGUGUAGUUCUAAAGAAGCUGCAUAAUGUAUGAUUUGGUUUUCGUUUAAGAAGCGCAUGAAGGUUGAAGUAAGACCCCUGCAUGCAGAGACGGGAGUAUUGCAGCGCAUGGAUCUGGUUUUAUUUCAAACACACAGAGACUCGCACGGCAGCUAAACGGAAUACGGGUCUGUCCUCACCAUUACUGGAAGAGGAAUACAAUUGGAUCAAGUCUGUCUGUCUGCCUGUCUGUCACUCCACUGAACUGGAGACUCACUGAUCAAAAGCAGGGAGGCUGCAUGGAACUCUGAGGGGUACAGACCUCACAGCACCCCGUGGAACUCUGAGGGGUACAGACCUCACAGCACCCCGUCUUCACAAGAACUUGAACAGACAUGGAUUGGACUUACAAGCUAGACAUGAUCGGAUUGGACAUCUAACCCAUGAUUAAAAAGAGGUGGAGAGGGAGCGAGGGAUGGAGAAAGAGGGGAAUGGAGAGAUACUGGUGUGGUCUGUCUGUCUGUCUGUCUGUCUGUCUGUCUGUCUGUCUGUGUGAUGCUACUUAUUUAAUCUGCACCUGAGUUUCAAAGACACACCUAUAUAUAUUAAAGCUUGUCUGUCCGUCUGUCUGUCUGUCUGAAAACAGGAGUGUCAAUUUAAACACCCUUAAAGAGGCUGUCUUGCUUAGUGUGAGUGAGUGUGUGAGAGAGUGAGUCACUGUGUGUGAGUUUGUGAGAGAGUGAGUCACUGUGUGUGAGUGUGAGUGUGUGAGAGAGUGAGUCGCUGUGUGUGAGUGUGUGAGAGUGAGUCGCUGUGUGUGAGUGUGUGAGAGAGUGAGUCGCUGUGUGUGAGUGUGUGAGAGAGUGAGUCGCUGUGUGUGAGUGUGUGAGAGUGAGUCGCUGUGUGUGUGAGUGAGUGUGUGAGAGUGAGUCGCUGUGUGUGAGUGUGAGUGAGUGUGUGAGAGAGUGAGUCGCUGUGUGUGAGUGUGAGUGAGUGUUUGAAUGGUAGAGUGACCAUCACUGUGUUGUUGCAGUUCAGGGUGAUGCCAGACGCUGUUUGGUGAAACGUUUAUUGGAUUGAAUUAGUUUGACUGAAUACUUCCAUUCCUGUUACUCCUGGUACCCCAGGAGUAAAAGUUAUUAACAGUGGAACUCAUGUGGCUUCAUUGAAGGGAAUCCAAGUGGAAUAGUUUCUAGUGGUUUGUAUACAUAUGAAGUGAGCCAAUUUGUAUAUAUAUAUACAUAUAAAUAUAGUUAUUAUUGAAAACUCCAAUGCUUUUUUGAUUUUAGUCAAUAAUUCUGAUAUUCUUUCCACAUAACGUCUGUUUAUUGAAAGUCGUUGAUAUUUAUGAACAGUAACACUGGAGGAUUUAACAGCUUGGUUUGAUAGAUGAGUUCCUGGGUUCAUUUAUUUUACUAAUAUAAGCACCAAAGUUGUGAAAAUACAUCUGCUUUCUAUUUUUUAUAAUUACAUAUUUAAAUUAUUUUAUUUAAUAAAACGUAGAAUAGUUGUUCUCUUAUAGAAACUUUACUUUGGUUUUCUAUUUUUUUUUUUUUUUGAUUUUUCAGUUUGUGAAUGAAUUUAUUCAGUGCAAGCAAUAGUCCAUGACUGUGAUUGUACUAAUUGAUUGAUUGUGCCUGUCUGUGUCUUUGUGUCUGAGUCUGUGUGUGUGUGUGUGUGUGUGUGUGUGUGUGUUUGGGUCUCUCCAUCUCUCUGCCCCCCCCCCCCACGUUUCUAUGAAUGGUUGGUUUGGACCAUGCUCCCCCGUGGAAUUUAUUAUAGUGGUUUGGACCUGCCUGGGGGGGAGGAGCCUAGUGUGACCCUGAGCAGCUUCCGACCCCGCGACCCAGACGACAAAACCACAGCCUCCCAGAAUGAUGACAUCACCGCCUCACACUCAUCCCAGCAUGCAGCAUCGCCGCAGGUUGGACUGGGACUCGGCUCAGGACUAAUGAAGACGAAAUGGUAUUGCACACUGGAAACGCCGCCCCCCGCUCCUGUCGUGGAGGAGUGUGAGGAGGAGGGCGCUCUCUACACCGUCACACGCAGGCAGCAGCCGUCCCAGCACAGCGCCACCAGGGGGCAGCCAUGGCACGGGGACGGUGUUGGACACAGCGAGACAUGUCUGGUGCGCUCCAUCAAGGCGGGGACAGUGGAGAGACUCGUCCUUCACCUGCUGGACUGCUUCCGUCUUGGGGACUCGUCCUACGUGUCCGUCUUCCUGUCCACCUACAGGACGUUCAGCUCGCCGGAACAGGCUCUGAGGAUCCUGCUGGACAGGUUAGAGUUCCCCCCUGUGGGCUCAGCUGGUAGUGCAGAGAGGAGCGCUCGAGAGAGACUGGAGUUCAACAACACUGUGUCGUCGGUGUUCUCGACCUGGCUCGAGGGGUACCCCGAGGAUUUCCGUGCCCUGGGGGACCCCUCCCUGCUCGAGCGCUUGGUGGAGGUGCUGAGAACCAAGCUGCCGGGGUCAGAAGUCAAGGGGCGUGCCCACAUGCUGCUCAGAGAGGUCAGGGAGGAGCAGCAAACACAUGAGAGGAGAGUCAGUGACUCAGACUCGGCUCUCUCCUCUCCGAUGGAUCUCUCAGACUCUGAUCCCUGCAGAAUCGAGCCGACUGAUGUGCUGGGCUUCCCAGCGAGCGUCAUAGCAGAACAGCUGAGCAGCAUCGAGACUGCCCUGUUCCUCAGGGUGGUUCCCUAUCACUGCCUGGGCUCCCUCUGGUCUCAGAGGGAUAAGAAGGGGAAGGAGCAGCUCUGCCCCUCGGUGCGAGCCACGGUGCGGCAGUUCAACCAGCUGACCAGCGCGGUCAUGACCUCCUGCCUCGGAAACACCUCCCUGCGCAGCCAGCAGAGAGCCCGGCUGAUCGAGAAGUGGAUCAGAGCUGCCGAGGAGUGCCGCACUCGUAAGAACUUCUCCAGUCUCUACGCGAUUAUCUCGGCUCUGCAGUCCAACGGGGUGCACCGCCUGAAGAGGACCUGGGAGGAGACAUCGAGGGAUGCAGUGCGGAGCUAUGAGGAGCUGUCUGAGAUUUUCUCUGAGGAGGAUAACUACUCACACAGCCGCGAGCUGCUCAAAGAGGAGGGGACCUCCAAAUUUGCCAAUGUGGGAAAGAAACAUCCCGGGGUCCCAGUUCACGGGACGGUCCCCUAUCUCGGCACCUUCCUGACUGACCUGGUCAUGCUGGACACGGCAGUGAAGGAUCAUCUGGAGAACGGCUACAUCAACUUCGACAAGCGCAGAAAGGAGUUUGAGAUCAUCGCUCAGAUCCGCCUGCUUCAGUCAUCCUGCAAAAACAGCACCUUCCAGACUGAUGAGAGCUUCAUGCACUGGUACAGCAGCCUGCCCAGACUGAGUGAGGCAGAGAGCUACCGGCUCUCCUGUGAAAUCGAGCCUCCUGGGGAACUAACCACUCCCACCAGGACUGUGAAACCAACCGUGAUCAUCACACACUGCACUGACCUCCUCUCCUCCAUCGCUAGUCCGGCUGGGGCAGGAGGGUUCAAGGCCUGGGACAAGCUGGGGUCCCCGCAGGGCGCAGGUGAAGGGUGGUCCGAGUAUCUCGAGGGAUCGGACAGCCAGCUGAAGCCAGUUAACCCCUUGCUGUCCAGAAUCACCAAGCACAUGAAAUCUCCCUCAGUUUCCUGUCUUGAUGCUGUAGCCAACGCCCCUGGUUCUAACCACACCCCCUCAUCCCCACCCUCUACUCUGACUCCUCCUCUGGGCUUUGUGAAGUCACACCGUCGCUCCGCCUCCUGUGGCUCGGCCCCGCCUCCUGGCGCUGUGAAAGCAGAGUCAGACAUGCGCAUCAUCAGAGUGGAGAUGGGCCUGGAGGAUGGGAACAUGUACCGGAGCAUACUGGUCUCCAGUAAUGACAAGGCCCCCACAGUGAUCAGUAAAGCCUUGGAGAAGCACAACCAGGAUCCCAGUAAAGCAUCCCAGUAUGAACUAGUCCAGAUGCUGCCCGAGGGGAAAGAAUUGACGAUACCCAGUACAGGAAAUGUUUUCUAUGCGAUGACAUCAUCAAGCGUGGACUUCCUGUUGCGCAAGAAGGGCAUGGCCUCGCCCCAGGUUCGACCAGUGAGCUCGGACCUGAGUGCCACCUUCCCGCGAAUCAAAUCCAAGGGGCUGAAAAUCGCGCGUGCAUUCUUCUGACCUCACUUCCUGUCUGCUGAGCCAUCAUCGCAGGCGUGUAAUCUGUGAACUCUGACCUCCAGUCCGUAUUGACAGUACCUGACUGACCCAGCAAGCGGAGGAGGAGGAGGAGGAGGAGGAGGAGGAGGAGGAGGAGGAGGAGGAGGAGAAGAAUAAGAAGCAGUGCUGACCAGGCCUGACCCUGAGACUGCUGCUGAACUUCAUGAGAUCAGAGCCAAUCACAAUCCAAGAAACUGAGACACAAUGAGACACAGACUGAGAAACACACAGAGACACACACACUGAGAAACACACAGAGACACACACACUGAGAAACAUACUGAGACACACAGAUACAAACGAGACACACACAUACACACAAAUGCACAGACACACACACACACAGAUACACACACAACCACUGAAACACACACUGGUACAUGGACACACAGAUGCACACACAACCACUGAAACACACACUGACACACAGACACAAAUACACACACAGAGACACACACUGACACACAGAUUCUUACAGACACACACACACACUUUGCAAUAACGAGCGGUUGAGUCUUGCCGCUCUCUCUCUAUGCAAUCGGAGUGACUCUGGGUCAGAACCCCGCUGGACAGGCCCGCAGGGACAGAGGCUUCUAGUCUGCAGUAGUUAGCUGGACUCUGCAGUUUGUUAAGAGGAGUCGAUGCCCUUGGCUCUGGCACUCACAGUGAUGAGCCGCAUCGAGGCACUUUGAACGUCACACACUAAAACUAAACAAAGAACUUUAUAUGAGAAUGCUUGAGGACUGUGUGUUUAUUAAUAAUGACCAUGUUUGCUUCUGUUUAUCAAAUAAUGUGCAAUGCAGGCAGACAGACUGGUGCACUACACUGUCACAAUGUCUGUAUAUUACUGAGGGGCAAUGGUAGUGCAGGGCAGCUACAAUGGCAUGAGUCCUACAGUACCUUAACUUCACCCUUCCCAAAUGAUCUUCAAAGGUAAUGCAGACAGUGGCACUACAGUGGCAAUAACGGUUCUGUGUUAUACAAAGGGGCAAUGGCAGCACAAGUAUAGGGCAGCUACAAUGGGGUGAGGCUGGUAGAAUGGGAUCGCAGUGUUCCAGCUGUUGUAGAAUUCAGAAAGUUAAAGUUUGUUGUCUGACUUCUGUUUAUACAUCCAUGAGUAGAAAUAAUUGUGAUUCCGAACUCUGUUGCAGAUUUCAACAAAGAUAUUUUAUUAGAUAGAGUAGUGCAGCUGGGGGUGCUCUCGUUUCCUUAAGUGAACAUCAAAGCCUCCACAGGAAACCAGAAUGUAAGGAAGGAAUUGUAAUUCUUUUGAAGGUUUUAGCCCCAGAAUGUUAUCUCUGAGAAAACACGGGAUCUCCUUUAAAUUGCCAUAUGAUGCAUUUUAAAGCUUUCCCCUUGCCAUCUGUCCUUCCUCCUCCAGCAAUUAAUAUUAAACUCAAAAUUGUCUAACCAACUGACUAACUAAA